GCAGUUGGUGAAUGACAGUUACAAACAAAGCAAGGGCAGAACAAAAACAUGUAGGGGAAUGAGUGGGUAACUAGGCCCAGGAGAUGCUGAAGUUGUGUAAUAAAGACGUCUUAUCACACGUAUUCGAGUGCGUAUCUGACAACUUGGUUGCAAUUUUCAGCAUGCUGGACAGCAGUAGCCAACCUCACUGGAGCAACGAGCUCACAGAACAGCUGCAGCAGCAAGUCUCUCAGUUGCAGAAUCAGCUGGAUGCUGAGCUGGAGGAGAAGAGAAAAGUCUCACUACAGCUGUCCCAAGAGAAAGCUCAAAAUGAGGAUCUGAAGCUUGAAGUCACCAACAUGCUUCAGAAGCACAAACAGGAAGUGGAAAUCCUUCAAAGGACAGCCGCACUUUCCCAAAUUCCCAACAGGCAGUCUGAGCCCGCCAUUUACCCAGCUUUAUUCCAAGAGAUUGCUAAGAUUGAGCCCAGUGAGCACAAAGACCAAGAAGAAAAGAAACUCUCCCAGUUGUUAAGUGAGUUGCAAAUAUCACAUGCGGAGACCACGUUGGAACUGGAAAAAACUAGAGACAUGCUUAUUCUGCAGCGCAAAAUCAACGUGUGUUACCAGGUGCAAGGAAGGAUGGAGGAACUGGAAGCAAUGAUGACAAAAGCUGAUAAUGAAACUAGAGACCAUGAAGAAAAACUGGAGAGGCUGAGUCAACUCCUAGACAUCAAGAACAACCGCAUCAAGCAGCUGGAAGGUGAGUUUAUCCUCACUGACCCUACAGAGAAGCCUAAUGGAACUAUUCAAGUGCACUUGGAUUGGAAGUCUGACUACAUGCCUCCAGAGAGCAGUUUGCAACCAGAAGCCCUGGAUGAGGAACAUGAUAACAAGGACGGGGUAGAGGUCUUGUUUGAAGAGGAAAAGGCUUCCAAUCCUGCCCAGAACCAGGUGGCAUCUGCUGAGAUUCCCAUUGAAGCUGGCCAGUUUCAAGCAAAGAGAAAAUUUCCUCAGGUGGGAGAAAGGAAGGAAAAGGAACACCAGGUUGCCAGUUACUCCAGAAGAAAACAUGGCAAAAGACUAGGUGCCCAAGGAAAGAACAGAAUGGAGUAUCUUAGUCGUAACAUCGUAAAUGGAAAUACGCUGCAACAGGUGAACUACACUGAGUUGAAGUUCUCAGGGCUUAAGAUCACUGUAGAUGAUGAAAGUCAGCAUGUGGAAGAGGAAAUGACGUUGUCUCAUACAUCACCAAAGCAGGAGAAAUCCCUUCAUCCCAUAAACGAUGGAGAGUCCGCUGAUCAAGUUUCUGAAGUCAGUGAAGCACAAACAACAGACAGUGAUGACAUCGUGGUGCCACCCGAGUCUCAGAGAUGUCCUAAGGCAGAUUCUGAGAAGAUGUGCAUUGAAGUUGUUUCUCUGACCUUCAACGCAGAGGCUGCUGUGAUGUCUGACGAGAAUGUGCAGCAGGUGUACGUGGAGUACAGAUUCUGUGACCUGCCCUUGUCAGAGACAGAGACUCCUGUGUCCCUGAGGAAGCCACGGGCAGGGGAAGAAAUCCACUUCCACUUCAGCAAGGUGAUAGACCUGGACCCGCUGGAGCAGCAGGGCCGAAGGCAGUUUCUGUUCACCAUGCUGCACGGACGAGACCCCGAGGAAGGGCAUUUGAAGUUUACAGUGGUGAGUGAUCCUAUGGAUCAAGAAACAAAAGAAUGCCAAGAAGUGGGAUAUGCAUAUCUUGAACUGUGGCAGAUCCUGGAAUCGGGAAGAGAUAUUCUAGAGCAAGAGCUGGACAUUGUCAGCCCUGAAGACAAGGCUACCCCAAUAGGAAGGCUGAAGGUUUCCCUUCAAGCAGCUGCUGCCCUCCAUGCUAUUUACAAGGAGAUGACUGAAGAUUUGUUUUCAUGAAGGAAGAGAAGCUAUUCCAUUCUAAAAUCUGAGGGAACCAUAGUAAGAAAAAAAUCUCUUAUAAAGUAACUUGCUAUACCAUAAA